AGGAACUGACCAAUCAUGGUCGGGUCUUUCGCGCAAGCGCAGUCGUAUAAUCCAAAAUCACUUCCGGACUCACAGUCGGAGGAGCACUCACUUAAGGUCGCUUAUCUCAUUUUUAAUUAUAUAACGAGCCUCGCGAACCGACAUUUAAUGUGCAUUUUCGAUGUAUUAAAAAUAUUUAGUGUAAAUAGAUCUUACUUGUUGUGCAAUCUUACCCUCAUCGAGAAUAAUAAUAGUUCUCCACUCUGAGCCGCAUUCACGCUUUUAAAGGGACAGUCGUCGUUCCACCUUAACAGUUUUAGCGUCCAUACAUGUUUUUUUGUGUGUGCAUUGACGUCAAUCGUAUACGAGACACGAAAAAAUGCUUUUUCUUUAACAUUUCCUUUGCUUGAGACGAAUAUGGACAGAUAGCCCCAUCGCUGGAGCCGAUUUGCGAACCUUCCUGACUGCGACAGCUGCAGGCUCAUCUUCCAUCAUUUCGGGAAAGACACGAAUUGCAAAUAUAACCGCAACAAAGCUACCGGUAAAGACAGAAUAUUCCUAUUUGAUCUCUAUUGCUACUGGUCUUCUCUAGGGAUAUUGAAGGACCCGUUUUCCAGAAUUAUGCAUGAAUAGAACUAUAAAUGUUAUUGCACAGGACUGUAUUUACGUUGCCAACAUGAGGAUGGACUAAAGCUUUGAGGGUUCCACGUAAGAUUCUCGGACGAGCUCCAUGGGCAUUUUAAAUCAGAUUGUGCACAUCAGCAGAGCCUGAUCGGUGUGUACGUGUAUGCGUGCGUGUGGUGCGAAAUGAACAUCCUAAAGCUACGAUGCCCGACAACUGGGGCGUCUAUUGAGCAGGGAGAUCAAGCUAUGGGAUAACGCACAGUGUGCAAACACAAGAAACCAAAUCUACUUGAACCAAUAAAUGUUGCCCAGAGUGCGGCACAGGCACGAGCCGGCGGCCGCCCCACCCGGCGCCAUGAUGGAAGGAGGCAUGCAGCUGCUGAACCGCGACGGCCACAGCAUCUCGCACAACUCCAAGCGCCACUACCACGACUCCUUCGUGUCCAUGAACAGGAUGCGACAGCGUGGGCUGCUCUGCGAUAUUGUGCUCCACGUCUCCAGCAAAGAGAUAAAGGCGCACAAAGUGGUGCUGGCUUCCUGCAGCCCGUACUUCCACGCUAUGUUUACCAAUGAGAUGUCAGAGAGUCGUCAGACCCAUGUGACGCUACAUGAUAUCGACCCCCAGGCAUUGGAGCAGCUCAUUCAGUACACCUACACAGCGGAGAUCGUGGUCGGGGAGGGUAACGUUCAGACGUUGCUUCCGGCAGCUAGCCUGCUGCAACUCAACGGGGUGCGAGACGCCUGCUGCAAGUUCCUCCUCAGCCAGCUGGACCCCUCCAACUGUCUGGGCAUCCGAGGCUUCGCCGACACGCACUCCUGCAGCGACCUUCUCAAGUCGGCGCACAAGUACGUCCUGCAGCACUUUGUUGAGGUGUCCAAGACAGAGGAGUUCAUGCUGCUUCCACUGAAACAGCAGACUUUUGCUCGUCCUCAGCUGAGUGCAUCAAUCGCAGUCACCGAUAAUUUUAUCCUCCCACCGAGUUGCCACGGACUAUUUCGUCUGCCGCGUCAAGUCCGGCAAGCCAAAGCCUAUUCAGCAACUGCUCACCGCAUCAAGGUCCUGGAUCUGAUUUCCAGUGACAACGUGAACGUACCAUCUGAAGAGGAAGUGUACCGGGCCGUGCUGAGCUGGGUGAAGCAUGACAUCGAAGGCCGCCGCCCACAUGUUCCAUGGUUGAUGAAGUGCGUGCGGCUGCCGCUGCUGAGGCGAGACUUCCUCAUGAGCAACGUGGACACGGAGCUGCUAGUGCGUCACCACUCCGAGUGCAAGGACCUACUAAUCGAGGCGCUCAAGUAUCACCUGAUGCCCGAGCAGAGAGGCGUGCUCAGCAACAGCAGGACACGACCUCGCCGCUGCGAGGGCGCCAGUCCCGUGCUCUUUGCUGUUGGUGGGGGAAGUCUGUUCGCCAUUCACGGAGACUGCGAAGCAUACGAUACCAGGACGGACCGCUGGCACAUGGUGGCGUCAAUGUCCACUCGGCGGGCCCGGGUGGGCGUGGCAGCCAUUGGGAACAGACUGUAUGCUGUUGGCGGGUAUGAUGGGACCUCAGACCUGGCAACUGUGGAGUCAUAUGACCCCAUCGCUAACUCCUGGCAGCCUGAGGUUUCCAUGGGAACGCGACGGAGCUGUUUGGGUGUGGCGGUCUUGCAUGGAUUGUUGUAUGCGGCUGGGGGUUAUGAUGGAGCUUCCUGUCUAAAUAGUGCAGAGCGUUUUGACCCUCUGACCAGCACGUGGACCUCGAUCGCUGCCAUGAGCACGCGCAGGAGAUACGUUCGAGUCGCAACUCUAGAUGGCACCUUGUACGCGGUGGGUGGUUACGACAGCUCCUCACAUCUUGCAACAGUGGAGAAGUACGAUCCUCAGAGCAACACGUGGACACCCAUUGCCAACAUGCUGAGUCGGCGCAGCAGUGCCGGUGUGGCCGUCCUGGACGGCAUGCUGUAUGUGGCGGGAGGUAAUGACGGCACCAGUUGCCUCAACUCUGUGGAAAGGUUCAACCCCAAGACCAACACCUGGGAGGGAGUGUCUGCCAUGAACAUCCGCAGGAGCACUCACGACUUGGUGGCUAUGGAUGGCUGGCUGUACGCCGUGGGAGGUAACGACGGCAGCUCCAGUCUCAACUCCAUUGAGAAGUACAACCCGCGCAGCAACAAGUGGGUGGCGGCCUCCUGCAUGUUCACGCGCCGCAGCAGCGUGGGCGUGGCUGUGCUGGAGCUGCUCAACUUCCCGCCGCCGUCCUCGCCCACUCUCUCGGUGUCCUCCACUAGCCUUUGACACGGGGUCAUCGCUUGGCUGAGCUCAGCCUCCGCUGCUACACCCCAGACCGGCUCUGGGAAGAGACGUAACUCCUCGGUUUGAGGAGGAGCGGGAGGAGGAUGAAGAUGAGGAGAAGGGACGGGUGUGAAUGAGGCUCUUGGCCGUUAUUGGUGGCACUUUUGGCACGGAUUGGCCAGCAAAAAUAUCAUCGAAAUAUGAAUUAGGACAGAUUUGCACUGAAUUAGAAAAGUCUAUUUUGUACGAUGAAAUUGAACAGUUUGCCUCACUGUCCGGCUGCCCUAUUCACAUCCAAGCUCUCUCUCUCUCUCUCUCUCUCUCGCUCGCUCUCCUCAAGAGUAUAAACAUAUUCCAAAUGAAGAUUGACCACCCUUUGCUCAAAUCACACUUUAUUUGCCAACACCUCAAAAUGUGGUGUUCGCAGUCUCACAAGAGACGCUAAACUAAAAUGACAAUGUAGCACAUUGGGUGACAGUAACAAACCGUGCAUGUUGAAUCCACAACGGCUGGCAUCGACUCCCAAAGAGGGAGGCUAAAAGGAGGUAGUGCUGCAAAUAUCACGCUAGGUGGCAGCAAAGUGCAAUGUUAUCCCCCACCCCGACGCCCCACACCCUAAACGCACACUGUGAGACUGCAUGGACACAACAACACAGGACCAGCCAAGCCCUCACGCCUAAAUGAAUUACAAAAAAAAAAAAAAAAAAAAGAAUUAUGAGGACUUUUAAAGUAUUUAUAAAGAUGUGUAAAUGUUAAUGUUUAACUGUAAGAUGUUAAGAGAAGGAAACAGAUGAGAGACCUAUUUAAGAGUGUUUGAAUACAUUUAUUUAUAUGUGACGUGUACACUGUCAACGGACAUAAUGAAGUGCGAGAGGUUGCGUUCAGAGCGCAUCCUAAAUUAGUUUUGCAGAAUUCCAUUUGUUGCCAUGAGGGAUGAGCAUUUUGACUACUUUAAUGGAUGAUGGGUAAAAUUAGCAAUAAGGUAAUGUUGUUUUAUGCAUAUUAUAAACGGAUAGUACGAACCCCAGUGCCAAUGAAGUCGGGACGUUGUGUACAAUGUAAAUAGAAACAGGAUAUAAUGAUUUGCAAAUUAUUUUCGACCUCUAUUCAAUCGAAUACACUACAAAGAACAUUAAAUAUCUUGUCUUUGUAGUGUAUUCAAUUGAAAAUGGGUUAAAAAUGGGUUUGCAAAUCAUGGUAUUCCGUUUUCGUUAUGUUUUGCACAACGUCCCAACUUCAUUGGAAUUGGCGUUUGUAAAAUCUCCGUUUCCAUGCUCGUGUCAUAUUGAGCAGAAAAAGGAUGCUCGGAGGAGUUUUUUUUUUUUCAUUGUCUGGCUGUAGCUCAAUUUUCCGACGUUGAAGUCAAACGUCUUUCGACUUCAAACUAGUGGAGACCUUCUCAACGGUGCCUCUGCUGGUUGCGGCAAAAUGGUGCAUUCAUUUUGGCCUCAUUGGCUUGGAGAAACAAUUGAUACUAAAUAAAUCAUACACAAGCAACAAUAAAUUGAUAUGUCUAGUUUCCAUGAUUUUCUCUACUGCCACGUGUAUGAUGAUCAUGUGACUUAAAUACCACAAUGGCACGCAGAGGACGUCUUCAUUAAAUGAAAUGACAGCAGCAUGCAAAAAUGAGUUGCAGCACUAAAGUAUAAUGCGACUGAGAUAUAUGAUGCCCUCCACUUAUUUUCCGUCAUGUAUUUUAAAUUCCCUCUUGGUAGAAUCAACCCAACUCCUGUUAAUUACUGCUACAAAGUAUGGAUGUGUAUCAUCACCCUAACAUUUCUCGUGUGGAUUUACUUUUUAAGUGCCAGUAUUGGACUUGCAUCAUCUAGAUGGAACUUACAUUGUGGCUCAGAACCUGUAAAAUCCCAUAUUAUUAUUAGUGCAAAUUAUUAGGAGACUUUGCCCUUUUACUUGUUUUGUAUCAACUUCAGUUUCUACCUCAUUUUUCAAUUGUUGUCAGAGAGGACCCAGUCCAAUCAACCUGCACAGGUCUAAUGGAGAUGCUGUUAGUGUUUAAAUCCACCAGGGGUGAGCUAAAGGCCGCAUGGCAGGUACUUCCAAAUGUAAAUAGGAAGAAGGCUCAAUGUUGUUCAACGUGAACGUGACUGUAGCUCCUUUUUUAAGUUUGUGCUUUGCUUGUAUGUGGUGAAUGUUUAUUUAUUUGAACUUUAAAAUAUUGAAUUUUGCACGAUUGCAAAUGGAGCGAUACAAAAAAAAAUAAAAAUAAAGAUGUUGAAAAUGUGACACAA